GUGUUCGUUACGGAUAGUGUCAAGAUGGCGGCCUCCUUGUGCCGAAUGUUGAGUUGGAGGACAUUUAAAAGUAUUUUGUUUUCAUCAAGUGUUUGAAUUAAAACGAAUUUAUUUUUAAAGUCUGCUUGUCAAAUGACUUUUUCAAAUUAUAUUGUAGCAUUUUUAAUUCUUCGAUAACUACCCGAUAUUGCGUAGUUCAAAAAGAAAAUAUGACAGGCGUCUCGCUAAGCCUAAUUGGCCUAAUCCUUGCUUGUACUAAAAUUGUAAAAAUACUGAAAAUACUGUGAAUUGUGGUGUUAUAUUAUAUAUAACAUGUGUUAUACAUAACUUAAAUAAAGGGUAAAUGCAAAGAAUAGGUAGUCCAAACCAAAAUUUAUCUUUAAAUGUAGACUGUUUAAGGACUCUCACUUGAUAGAACUUUUAAUACAAGAAUUUUGAUAUCUGAAUAUCUUAGAUACUUUGGUCAAAAAUGUAAACAUUUUUUUAAAAAUAAACCAAUGGCACAGUUGAAUAGAGCUAAUUUUAAACAGAAUUAUAACACCAAAAUCAUAUUUUUAGCUGUUGUAGUUUUAAAGUUAUGAAUUUUUAAAGUACGACUUGGUUUGUCCUUUUUUAACAUGGACUGCAUCUCCACAUUCUGUGACCUCAUUCCGCCGAUCGCGUCAUGCGCAAUGACUAUAUAGUUUAUAUAAGGCUAAGGCAUUCCCUUAUCACUAAAAUACUGUUUAGGGUCGAUUUAUUUUAAACUUUCAACUUUGGCACAUGAAUAAUUAAUUAAAGCUUUCCCUGACCAAUGGUUUAAUAGUUUUUGCACACGGCAAACACUUAUGAAUGAAACUCUGAGAUAGUACUACGACGUAGCCGUUAUGCAAGUGGCUGUGAAUGGUUGCCAAUGACAACGUGUUGCACAGGGAAAAUUCUGAUCAUUUAUAUUAUGGACUCUGCAGGGUUUUUAAAGCUCAAAUUAAAACAUUUCCAGUUUAAAUGUCUUCAAAAUGCAUUCUGAAACACAAAAUAUAAAAUAUUUUGAUGUAUAUAGUGGUAAUAAUUAAAUAUUUCCUAAGUAUCGGCAACUUCCGCCAUUAAAAAGGGGGCGUGGCCCACGCCAUGUCGAAAUAAGGCGGAGCCCCCUUAUGGUGAUAUGGGUCACUGGGAGAAGCGUAGCGAACGUGGGACACGACCUACAUCAAUGAGAAUUGGCACAGAUAUAUAUCAAUAUCUGAUGCCUUACACGAUUUAAUAUGAAAGACCUGUAUUUUAUAUUUCACAAAAAAUUUUGCAUGCGAAGAUGCCUUAUAUAUACCAAAGAUUUCCAAAAUAAAGGUCGAUUGAAAAAGCAAAAUAGUUGGAUGGAAAUGUAGGCCAAGAUGUCUUCCAAAUUAUAAGGCCGGAAACGGAACUCAAAUAUAUGUCCAAAGAACUAAUUUAAUAAUAAAUAGACACACACAUCGGAAAAUUAAAAACUCGGAUUUUUCGGCGCCGACGCCCAUUUCCGAUACAAAAAAAGUAGUAGUCUCCCUUGUUUUAUCGAAGUAUCUAGAAUAUCUGGUUUAUUUCAAUAGCUCAAUAAAUAAAAAAAGUUAUGAUGAAGUUUUAAAAUUUGAUAAAAAUCGAUAAGAAAUUGGCUAUUUUUCAUUUUGUCAAAUCGUCCAUUUUUGUGAAACCAUAACUACUAAACUAAUAAUCCUAGAAGCUCCAAACUUGGUGUACUUGCUCAAAAGUUUACAUAUUUAAAAUGAGUCAUACAUCAAAUAAAAGAUAAUUUUAAGCAGCACAAUAUUCACUAGGCCUUAACAGCAUCAAACAAAUUUAAAGGCACCAAAAUAAGUUUGAAAGUACCCACUGAAUGAUUUUUUUUACAAAAUUAAGGUUUAAAUUCUUUUUUAGAAAAUACAUGUUAUCGCAUAAUUGUUAUAAAAUUAAAAUCAAAGGAAUAUGAUGUCAGAUGUGUUUACUAUUAACUAAAAGACUAAUAAAAAAAAUUUAAUGCUGAGAACGGUGAAAAAUAUAUGGCAACUAGGCAAUCUUAGGCAUGAAUUUAAAAUAAAUUAUCUGGGAAAUCUCUGUACUGUAGUAUCAUUGUCUUUGCUUUCGGACUGUACUCCAAGGGCUAGCUUCCCUCUCCUACAUUCUUGAUAGUCACCAGUUACUAAAUUUAAUAAUCAAAUGAAAAAAGAAACUAGUAACUAUUGUGUAGCAUCAAUAUUGCAAAAAUUAUUUGUUAAAGUUAAUUAGGACAAUUUGAGAUUCAUAGUACUAGUAGUACUAGUAAUACUAUUGAGUCUAAGAUGAAAUAAUAUUGAAACAAUUCUAAAUCAGAAGUAAGUUUUAUUUAAUUUUAAUAAAUUAUCAACAACCUCAUUUUCAAGAUAAGCUUACAAAUUUGUAUUCAAUUAUAUUGUGUCAUAUAAUGGUUUAGUCACUUGAAGCCUCCUACCCCAGAUAAUAACUUGCGUCAGUCCACCCACAUCAGUCUCGCCGGCAUCCAUUUUUAUUUUCUCGAUCGUACAGAAACCCCCAUUAAAAUCAACAAUAAUCCCUUUUUUUAAUCUUAUAUUUAUUAAAUACAAUAACAGAUCAAACAUUAUCAUGUCUACAAUAUGUUUAUCAAAUUGUUUUAUCGCUCGACUGUCCUCAAUUAAAUACAUUUUGUCCGAUCGACAACAUGUCUCCCAGCCAAGUUCACAAUCAGCACAAUGGUUCGGAUUCGUUAAAAUAUAUCGAAUAUCUGACACAAUCUAUGCUUAACUCAUUUCUAAACAAUAUUUUCAGUUACAAAUACAUUAAAUGAAAGAUUAAUUCUUCAACUUACUUGUUGAUUAAAGUCUCAAACAUGACUAAUAAGCUCCCGCCGUGAUGCUGGUACUAGUCGCAAAACGCGCAUCAAGCGGCUAGUGCUAGUGGUGUGGAACUAAAAAAGGGGGUGUUUUUGUAAACAACGCCGCUCCGCGCUUAUCGUGCCCACUCAUUUGAUCUUAUGAUAUUAAAAUAGUAAAAAAACCUGAGCUUUCCAACGGUGUAAAGAAAGUACUAAUAUCUCUGUGUUUUCCCCCAUUUUUGUUAUACGAAAGUUUUCAACCAGCUUUUUCAAAAUGAAAUAAGCAAGGUAGAUAUACUUUCUAUAUAUCAAACGAAAGCCCAAGAUCCCCAUUUUCCAUUGGUGGUAAAAUUAGGCUUCUCGGUUGAUUACGCGCAGAGCGCCGCGCGAUUGAAUGACACGAAUCCAAAAAAAAUUUACGGACAAGUUUUGAAAGCACUGUUAAAAUGACCCACCCCCACACUUUUCAUAAAUAUAAAACAUUCUCAUAAUGCAUUUAAAUAACAUAAAAAUUGCAUAUUUUGUUAGAUAAAGAGUUAAACUUUAAUCCAAUAUUAAUUUUGUUUGUGUAGAAUUAGUACAAGUGAGUCUAAAAUGCAUCUCCAAAACAAUAAAAAUAGGGGAAAAGGCCGAUUUUCCCGCUUUGGACUACCUACAAAGAGAAUGCGCCAUAGCGGCCAUAACGUAUCACACUGGCGCCAUCUUGGUUGCUAAAAUUAGGAAUAAAAAUGUCCCUAAAUCAAAUGUAUCCCUAACCCUAACCUAGGUUCUUGGAUAAAAUUUUCCAAUUGAAUAAAUUAAAAAACGAACACAUCUGUAAGAUAGCCCUUGUUAAAUGAAGUAAUAAUAUGUUUUCAUGUAGCACUUUUGGUUAAAAUUAAAAAGUUAUGAUUUUUUUCGUGAUUAAAGUGAAUAAUUUUUAACAGAGAUUUGUGACCACUUUUUAAAAAAAAAUGUAUGAAAAGGCUCAUAACUUUAUAGAGGAGUGGACAAAUAAUAUGAAACUUUCCAGAAGUGUUCAACAUCUUUGUUGCUUUAAAAACUAAAAAAAAAUUAAAUAGAAUAUUUUUAAAAUAUUUUUUAAUGUCAUGAAUUAUAUUGUAAUAAAAUUUAAAAUAUAAAAUAAAAAUAAUUAAACCAUUUAGUUAUUCUAGUUUUAUUACUUUAAUUAACUUUCUAUAAAUUAACUAUAAACAAAACAAAAAACAGAACUAUACAAGUAAUUGUAAGUUGCCAACAAAAUUCACCAGUACGACAUUUAAUGCUGCUAAUCCAGAUGCAUCAAAACUGAUUUUUGUUAAAAAGCAGCAACAACCAGCAAUCGCAGCAAAAAUAGUUUUCUGGGUCUUCCACAUGAUAGUGGUGAUUUCAUCCCUUGUUGAGAAUGACUGGUCUAGGCAAAUGUUUUUGACACAAGUGCAGUAAUUUGAUAUCCAAGGGAUGGGAAUUUUUUAAGGGUUUGUAAAGGACAGUUGUGAACAGCAAUAAUUUUUUUUUUAUUGGAGAGGAUGUAGAGGUGCGUGACGUUAUAUUUGAGGGAGUAUUAACUUUUUGUGACAAUGAGGGAGUGGGGGAGUUGAAAAAAUCUGCAAAAUUUGCAUGACAUCAUUUAUGGAUGGCUCGAUAGGCUUAUAUUAUACUCAUUUUAUUUUAGAUCAUAAAUGGAUGACACCUUGUUGUUCGGAAAUUUUGGCCACCUACAAUGUGAAAUCAUUUGGCUCUGCUGUAAACAUCCAAAGAUGUCAAAGUUCUGGGUUAAACACUCAGCAAGGUAUUACUUCAUUUUUUUCGAUGAAAUAAGCUUAGUAAGUACCGGUACGUAAAUAAUUGAAUGAAAAUGUAGACCUAGAACACUUCAGUUCAAACGUGGCAAAAAGUCAUGCAAAAUAAAUGAAAUCACUUAGCUAUUUUUACCUUUUUCAUAAAGGGUUAUUAUUAUUCGCAAGCUACAAUUUCUGUCUUCAUGACAUUUUUUAAAAAGAUUUCUCUAAAAAAAUGCAGCCCUUUCCAGCUUUAUUAAAAAAUCUAAUAUUUGGUAAGCUAUCAUUAAUAUAUUUAAAAUAAAUGUGAAGUCCAGUUCCAAUUUUUUAAUUUCAUUUCAUUAUUUGCUACAAUGAAGUUAUAUAUUUAUUACUUUUGUCUUAUUACUUCAGCAGUCUCACCUUCUGAGGUAUACACCAAGGCUAGCGAAAAUCUCUCAACCUUUGAAGCAGCCAUUCAGCACGAGGACUAUUUUGGGUUGAAAAAUCUUGUUACACUCCAAGACUUGUUUCAAGUGAGUAAAAAUGUAUCGUGAAUGCUAUGACACAAUCCCAUUCAUCUGCUGUUGUCUAGCCCCAUUAUAAUUAAUUAUAUAGAACGUAUGUUUUUUUUUUUUCCUUACUUUUAUUUUACUACAUUUUCAGGCCAGGGUUCACCUGGGUCACAAUGUGGGCUUGCGUCAUGAGUCCAUGUCUCCAUACAUAUAUGGAACACGCCAAGGUGUCGACAUAAUUGACCUUGAGCAGACGCUGCCACUGCUGCAUGAUGCACUCAACUUUUGCGCACACAUCGUGUACCGAGGUGGCAUGAUACUGUUCCUGUGUAGAAACAUGCAGUUUUUACCCAAGGUGGAACAGACUGCAAGGGAAGUGAAGGAAUAUUCACAUUGUCGGCCUUGGCUGAGAGGUAUGAGGAGAACAAUUUUUUUUUAAAAAUUCAGCACCGUCUUGAGCUAUUCACUUUCUUAAGCUCUUGCCAACAGUUUACCUACAAUAAUGAACUGCCUUGGGUCUUUUAAUAAACAUCAGAUAAAUCCUCAAAGGGAAGUAAUAAUGUUAACUCCCGUAUCAGACUGAGUAUUGCUUCUUGAUGUUUGUAACUUAAAUAUAAUUGAUAUAUUAUAUGAUUGAAGAAUAAAAAUAUAUAUAUUUUUUUUUAAAAGGUACCCACCGUAGUGCACUAAAAUGUAUUUUAUACUUUUAAAUUGCAACAAAAUUUGGUUAGGAGCAUGAAAAUUAAUUGCUGGUUUAACUUGGCAGCUUAAUGGGCAGCUGAGUAGGAUUGUCACUUUUCAUUGAGAUUAAUAUUGAAAUCUUAAUACACCUUCAUAGAUGCAAUGGAUGAACACUCCCACUUUCAUAAGUCACACAUUUUUAAGAAUACCAGUACAAAUGAUAAAAUAGAAUAACUUUUUCCUAUUAUUAAGUGAGUUAUUAGAUGGAAACCUGAAAUGGCAGACUUAACACAAGGAUUCCCAGGUGCCGCAAAAUAUGCUUAUGACUUUAUAAACAUGUAUCAUGUAUACCUAGAACUGAAAGAGGGAUCAGUAAUACUUCAGUGUCUCAAACUAAGAUCCAAUAAUGAGACCCAUUUACUGUUGUGAUUUUGACAUACAAUGUACGAUUUUGAGAUUUUUUUAACAACUUUACCCUGAGACCUGUUAUAACUUCUAUUUUAAGGAGACGAAGUUGAAAAUAUAUAUUCCUGUUGUUUCUUUUUUACAAUUAAAAAAAAAUUUUUUUGGGUUGCUAGUUUUACUCCUUUCUAUAACUAUAUCCAGCGGUGAAUGGGCAGAGAAAUAAGAUUUUUGUUGGACCAUCCAUAAUAAUAUUACGUACUGGUACGUAAUAGGGGAGGGGGGGGGGUGGAGAAUUCCCAUAGAUUUAGCAGCGUUCGGGUGCGCAUGGAGAAAGGGGAGAGGGGGAAUGUGAUAGAAUAUUUUUCAAAGCUUUAAAAUAACACCACCUUGUCCUGUAUUGAUCGUCAUUGUUGUUGUGUGUUUUCACCAUGAACUUACUUAAUAUGACCACAGUAAUAUUAAUGUAGUUCCCCAGGAGACGCAUGUGGUCAACUUUACCUUUUGUUUGCUUUGGUGCUGUUUGGCAUAAUCUUUUGACAAAAUUGUUUCAUUCUUCGGCUGAACUUUGAGUAAACUAUGAAUUAAGACAAAAGAAAUAAUGUCAGCCGGAAACAGGACAAACUUCACUAGUCAGAAAAUACUCGAAAGGUAAAAACAUUACAAGAGAAUCAAAGAAAUCUAUUUAUAAAACUGUGAUCAGACCAGUUGUAACAUAUGCAAGUGAAACUUGGAUCCUAACAAAAACAGCAGAAAACCUAUUAAACACAUGGGAGAGAAAAGUUCUCAGGAAAAUAUAUGGACCAACAAAGGAUGAAUAUGGAUGUAGAAUACGAACAACCAUGAAUUGUACAGUCUAUAUCAGGAUCCCAUGCUAGUCGCAGAAAUAAAAAGGGCAGGCUAAGCUGGGCUGGACACUUAGAAAGAAUGUCAAAUGACAGGAGUGAAGAGGGUGCACCACCAAAACCCUAGAGGAAAACGGCUCAAAGGCAGACCUAGGCUUAGAUGGAUGGAUCUACAACAGCAUGGAAAAGAACAGGAUUAGUUAGGUCUGAGUGGAAGGAAGAAGUGAGGCAGGCCAAAGUCCAACAUGGGCUAUUGUGCCACAGGGAUGGAUGGAUGGAUGAAGAUCCGUACCCGUAGUUUAAAAUAGAAAGAAAAAAAAGAUUUUAAAAAUAUCUUGCAGCCUGUGAACUCUGUGUUACUGAGGUUGGGCUAUUUUAAUUGAUUUGGGAUUAUAUUGUAUGAGAAGAUAUAUAUCUUUAUACUCUUUUUUUUUUUCCUCAUAAUUUGAAGAAAAAAAAAUGAUGUACAGAUGAAUAUAGGAAAUUUUGGGAGCCAUGCUAAAACCACUUUAUAUCUGGGGGGUCAUUAUUGCAGGGGUCCACUGUAUUUCAGUCUCAACUUUGUGUUUCUUUUCUGUCAGGUACCUUCACAAAUUCAGCAAACAUGUUCAACAGCUUACCCAUUUACCCAGAGCUUUGCAUAUUCCUCAACACACAAGACACAGUGUUUGAAACACACAGGGGUGUCGUAGAAGCAUCCAAGCUGCUUGUGCCAACAAUAGGCAUCGUGGACACCAACGUCGACUGCGCCAACUUGAUAGCGUACCCGAUUCCCGGUAACGACGACAGCCCCGCAUCGCUCCAGCUGUUCCUGGACCUUUUCAAAACGGCAAUCAUCAGAGCGAAGGAGAAAAGGAAAGAGGAUGGAAUUGAUGAAACUGCUUCUUAGAAAAGAUGAACUGCUACAUGUAAAACGUGUGUAUGGCUGUGUUGGAUGUGUUCCCCGUUUUGAGGAAUCAAACCUCUUUCCAUCAGUGACAUUCUUGGAUUAAAUGAAUGAGUUUUUGUAACGUUUGGGAAGGCUGCAUGAACUUGGAGUUCAUUGACAGGAUAGGUUAUGUUACAUUCAUGCUUUGUUCGACUUGUUUCUGUAGAAUUAAUCAAUUUCUCAAUGGUUAUAUACACUAUGUACACACACACACAAAAUAAACUAAACUUCAUCUGUUUUAGCUGUUAAUACUGUACGUUUUGAUUUAUGUAGUUGGUACACUUGGAAUGCUGAAAAAAGGGUGGUGACUGUUUGUGUAUGAAUUGGGAGAAUGGUUGAAAUUAUUGUUAAUUUAGAUGCAAGCCCUUUACAAUUCAUUUGUUUUAGUCUUUUGUAAUAAAAGAUUUAUAAAU